CUAUAUUUUUGUAAUUUUUAGGUAAUUUGAAAUAAACGUAUUUAAAUAAAUGUAUAAUUGAAGGUUUUCAUAAUAUAUGCAACGUUAUAUGACUCUUUAGUUGCACUAAAUGUUAGUCGAAAGCAAUUUCAAAAUAAGCAAUUACAUGCUAAAAGGCGACGAUAAUUCACACGAUAUGCAAGUGAAACCUUUCAAAAUAUUUUCAGUCUCAUUAACUCGUUAAAUACAUAUAAAAGAAAUCAUUCAAACCAGUAUCAAAAUUACAUCGAAUAACCAUGGACACCGAUGUAGACAUAGACGAAACAAAUCUAAAGGACGAAGAACAAGUUCUGAUUGCCGUGGAGAACACCUUGAGCACCGUCGAGGAAAGUAUGUGCAAGUUUAUAAAGGACGUUCCAGAGGCAUUGGCCGCCUCUGGAUUGGAAGUUAACCUAGAAAAACUAAACAUAGACGAUGGUAAAAAGAUACUGCAGCUUCUUCAUCCGUUUCCCAAAUCGUUUACCGAUCUUAAGGCGAAUAAAGAAGAGGAGAAAGAAAAACUGUCAGCUCUGGAACGAGAGUGCGAGCAAUUGCGUGGCCAAUUGCAGCAACAAAUCGAUGGGAAUAAAAGGGCACAAGAGGAAAUAAAGUACCUGAGAGAACAAAUAUUAAAUCAAAGUACAUACUGCGCAAGCUUAGGGGCGGUUUUGAGCAACUUAUCAUGGCGCGCCUCUAGGUCUCCAGAGAUUGUCGAUGUUUGGCUUUCCGGGUUCCAGCACAAGAUCGACGAAUUAUUAUCGAUAACGGACGGAAGUUUCGUUGCGUUCAUGAACACUUAUCGGGACGCGUUCCCUCCAACUUGCAACGUCGAAUACGAGUUUAUUAGCGGUUUACUAGGCAUCGUGACGAAUAUCUCAGCCACUCCUGAGGGUAGGGAAUUCUUAAUCACCAACAGAAAUGGCCGUGAUUUCGUACAGAAGAUGAUCAAACUCAUGCCCGCUUUGCCGGUUUCCCAGGGUUCCCUUUCUUUACAAAAGCUGAUGUUAAUGAUAUUCUAUAACGUGAGCAUGAACAAGACCGGUUUGCAGCAUCUAUUCGAGUCGCAGAUAUGGGAACCAUUGAACUAUUAUCUGAGAAACAAUUCGUUGCCGAGCAAACUGCAGCUGCUAUGUCUGCGGAUACUACUAUUGAUUACAUACGAUUUGACUAACCCGAAAUAUAUUCAAAAGUUGACUACGACACUGCCGCUCGACCGAAUAGAGGAUAUCGCAGCGUCGAACGACAACGGGAUGAGCACCGUCGCGAAACAAGUGAUAAAACAUUUGCGAGACUCGCAGAAAUUCCUAAGUUCCAAUUAAAACACGCUACGUAUUAUUUAACGUUGAUCGCCUGUAGUAUUAACGUGCAUAUUAAUUGAAAGUUGCUAAAGAGAAAAAAAUCCCGUUGAUGUAACGCGAAUUACACGCAUUGAACCGAACGAGGAACAGAUAAAUACUCGUAUUCGUGGAAUCGAGCGACGCGUUACAUCGUUUCACGAAUCGAACGGCUAUCAAACAUCAUCGUAUCCUUGAAAACGUGUUCGUGACUAGUCUCGGGAACUGUCGAAUAUCGAUCUGCUUUAAUGCAGCUACAAAAUAAAAGCAAUCGUGCGGAAUGGCGUACGGAACAGUACGAAAAUCGAUUAUGCAUACAGUUAGGCGGUAAAACGUACAUCGAGCGGAUGAAUAUCUUUCUGACCGAUUAAACUGAUUAUAAAGAAGUAUCUUCUAAUUGAAUAAACACCAAUCGUAGUUCGUUCGAGCGACAAGUCGAUUGAAAAUAUAAAUUGAAUUUUUUUCUUUAUACUUCGCGUUACAUCGACAACAUUAGAAUACGUUUACAAUACCAAUUGUACGUACGGCUAAUUAGUAUGCACGAUGCAUUGAUAGAAGGAUGCGCUAGGAGGAACGUAUGACAAUGUGUCAGUCGAAAUUUCAUUGAGCAUCGAUGGCCUUCAACUUUGAAGGUUGCGUCAACGAACACCGCAGUAUCGCGUUUCGAAGUUGCAACCCUAGCGUAAAACGUUCACGAGUGUGUACAUUUUACACAAUUGCAAUGGUAUCUAUAGUCACGAUGAACCUGCGAUUGCAGCUAUCUCUAAAUUACCUGCUAGUUCCGAACAACCAGGUUAAACCAUUAAGAACCUAGCAUAGAAAAAAUGACUUUCACGUGCAUAUAAGAUUCUUUAUUCUUUACAAAGUCACACGGUAAAUCGAUACGUAGUAGAUCGAUGAAUAUGCGGCAAAUGAUCUAUCCCUACAUGCUAAAUAAAUUAU